UCCCGAAGUUUCUAAGUUCAUAAAACAUCUUAAACCGGUUUAUCGGCCCUCCCGGCGGUUCGAUGCUUCGACGGGCUCACCGCCGCCGCCUCAUUCUUCUUUCUUCUCCCUACUCCACCUGCAAGCGUCAAAAACUCCCCCCUCUCCCUCCCUUCGAACCUCCCAUUCCCAAAAAGAUCCCUUUUACCGCUUCUGCUCAUGGCCGAACCUGGCACGAUCCCUACCACUGGAUGUCAAAUACUUCCGAUCCCGAACUCACCGAACACAUUCUACGUGAAAACUCAUACACAGAAUCCUUCAUGAGCGACACAGACUGCCUUCGAAGGAGGCUGCAAGAAGAAAUGUGGGCGCGGAUGCCGCCGAAGAUAUCAGCUCCGCCCGAGACUUGGGGAAAUUGGUUGUAUUAUCAAUACAUACCAGAGGGAAAGGAGUAUCCAAUCCUGUGCAGAAAGCCCAAGAAUCAAAAUGGAUUUACAAAGACACUUUGUAAUUGGUUGAGGGGUUAUAGAGAGGAGGUUUUACUUGAUUGGAAUGAAAUUGCAGAAGAGUUUGGAUAUGUACACAUAGGCACUUGUAGAAUCUCUCCAGAUCAUAGAUUCAUUGCAUAUACUUUGGACACCUCUGGGAGUGAAAUGUUCAUGCUUCUUGUUAAAGACCUUCAAACUGGACAAAUCGCUUCAGAUCCAAAAAGAAAGGGGGUUGUUAGCUUGGCUUGGGCUGGUGACAGCAGUUCUUUGUUAUAUACAGUUUGUAACGAAAGUCAGCGGCCUUACAGAAUCUUCUCGACAAACUUAUGGUCAAGUAUGGUAGAUGAUCUUAUUUUUACCGAGAACGAUUUAAGUUGUUGUGUAGACAUUGCAAGCACAAAAGAUGGGAAAUAUAUCACAGUAAAUUCUAACUCGAGGUCAUCAUCCGAGGUAUAUGUGAUCGAUGCAAUGAAUUUAAAAGAUGGAAUUUGGCCUGUUCGAAAUCGUGUUCCUGGUGUGCAGUACUUCCUGGAACACCACUAUGGUUACUUUUAUAUUCUUACAAACGCUUGUUCAGAAGAAAUGGCAGCCACAAAUGGUUUUCAUUUAGUUAGAUGUCAAGCUGAUAAGUUAUUGCUGACGAAUUGGCAGGUUAUUAUAGAGCCAGAUCAAGAUACGCUCUUUCAGGACUUUGAUAUCUUUGACGGACAUUUGGUGCUUUCUGUUUUGAAUGAGGGGCUUCCAUUGUUUUGUUCUAUAGAGAUGUCUAAGGUGGCAAAUCACAAGGAUCAGAAGCCAAUGAAGAUUGGGGACCUCAAGCCAUGGUUUUUCCCACUGCCCUCUAGCUCAUGCAGUAUUGUGCCAGGUUCAAAUCUUGAUUUCAUGUCAUCAGUCUACCGCUUGGUGAUCUCAUCUCCAGUGAUUCCUGACCUUGUCGUUGACUAUGAUAUGAAGAGGUUUGUUUUCACUGUAUUGCAUCAAGAGGAGGUGAUGGGGUUGAUUAAGCAUAACAAUUCUUCUCCAGAUUUCCAUCAUAUUUCGGGCGAUCAGACUCUUAAUAAACAGGAUUUGUACAUGAUAAAAGACGAGCAGAAAUGGGAUGAUCUGUCUGAGUUCUCCUGUGAAAGGAGGGAAGUCAUUUCACAUGAUGGUGCGAGAGUCCCACUAACAAUCGUAUACUCUAAAGGAGCAGAGCAUAUCGGUCAAUCUCCUGGUAUUUUACAUGGAUAUGGAGCUUAUGGAGAAGUACUAGACAAAAGCUUUUCUUCUGAUUACACAACUCUACUUUCUCGUGAUUGGGUUAUUGCAUAUGCUGAUGUCAGGGGUGGAGGAGGGGAUUUGGCUUGGCAUAAGGCUGGAACUGGACAUUAUAAACUAAAUUCUGUUUAUGAUUUUGCUUCGUGUGCAAUGUUUCUUAUAAAUGAAGGCUAUGUUCAUAAAAAUCAGCUUGGUGCAAUUGGCUGUAGUGCUGGUGGCCUUCUUGUUGGUGCAACAAUCAAUAUGUUUCCUGAUUUGUUCUCUGCUGCGUUAUUAAAGGUUCCAUUUCUUGAUAUUUGCAGUACACUGUUGAAUCCCAGUCUACCACUCACCAGUUUGGACUAUGAAGAAUUUGGUGAUCCCAGAAACCUAGCCAACUUCGAGAUAAUUCGAAAAUAUUCACCCUAUGAUAAUAUAUGCUUUGGUGCUUGCUAUCCUUCCUUGCUGGUGACAGCAUCAUUUCAUGACUCAAGGGUAGGAGUCUGGGAAGCUGCUAAAUGGGUGGCAAGAGUGAGAGAGAAAACAUGCCACACUUGUUCUCGCUCGGUAAUUCUGAAGACAAACAUGACGGGGGGACAUUUUGGCGAGGGUGGUCGUUACAGUCAUUGCGAGGAUACUGCUUUUGAGUUUGCAUUUUUUAUCAAAGUCAUGGGAUUACUUGACGAGGAGGAGAAAUAAUGAUUCUGAUAGAUGUUGAUCUUAGUUAUAGAUUAUUCUUAGAAGAGUUAAAUUUUACUUUUUAGUUGUCAAAGAUGUCAUCAGAUAUUAAUCAAUUGCCAGUUGUCCAAUCUUCUUGUUGUAUUUCAUUCUUAAAAUAUAAAGCCUAAUCAAGUCAAUUUUGGUUUUUGGUUGGGGGAUUGAAUGUUAAACUUGCUUAUUUUUGAAGAGAGAAGGAGAGAUAUACUCAAGCUAUGAGAUUCAUAGGUUAUAAAGAGCAUUUAGGCAUGGG